AUGGGGGUUCUUCUGAAUACUUUCUUUGCCGGCAGUAGGUCGAAAUCUGCGACGCGACGUGCUGCUCAAAAGUACGAUACCGAUUUUCAGAGACGUAACACUGCAUCUACAAUUAAGGCUGCCGCUCAAGCAUGUCUCCUUAGUAUCAUGAUCCUUGGUACUGCUUUUUGGUAGUAGUAGUAGUAGUAGUAGUAAGUAGUUUACCCAUUCACCGCCCUAACCCUAAGCCACCGCCCUAAUCCCCCCAAACCACCCUAAAAAGAUUCUUGGUACUUCUUUUUCUACUUGUGAAAAAGAAGGCCUCAGGGAUGCGCUCAAGGUAGAAAAAGAAGGCCUCGUCAAGGAUGUGACUCUCAGGGAAGAAGAUGCUAUCUUCGCGGUAGCUCUAAUGCAAGUUCCUCAUCGCAUCGCACUACUCCUUGUGACACCGACAACUCUUGUGCGGACAAUGGCAAGAAUACAUCAACAUCUUCUUUAUCAAGGAGAUCACCUCCACAGCAGCUAGAUGCCACAAUGAUGAUAAAGCCAUCAUAUUUUAAGGCUAGAAGUAGUUUAUCACUAUCCCAUGUGGAGGUGGCCUAUCGUGCUGAGAAAUGGGUUCGUUCCCCUUAGCUGAAUUGUCUAUGUAAAAGGGGAUGAUCUAUCUUAGCUGAAUUAUCUAUGUAAGGGGAUCAUGAUCUAAAUGUAAGGGGAUCAUGUACUUAUCACUAUCUAAGGGGAUCAUCUUCACAGGGCAUCCUCUCUAAGAGGAACUAUCUAAUGGGCAUCCACUCGAAUGAAGUCUAUCUUCUAAGGGGAUCUUCUAACUAUGUCUAGGGGGGGCAUCUCACUCAAUCUGGCAUGAUAGUGAAAAUACACUACCUCCUUUAAAUAUUGGUGUUGGUCUUCACGGGGACGGACAAAGGUAGACGUUGUCAGCAUCAGCAACGAUAAAAACUUAGAUGAGGACUCCAUUAUCGAAGACGCAGAUGAAGAUGUGGGACUCUGCUCCCCAAGGUACAAGAAUUUUUACACUUGCCUGUUCAACACUGAAGAUGUACGACAGUUUUUACACUCGUCUGUUCAGUGAAGAUGUACAACAGUUUUUUACACUCGUCUGUUCACAGUAGAGCUACAGUUUUUAGUACGCACUAUGUUUUAGUUUUCAUAGAGCGCUUCUAGAAACAAAACUUCUUGGUCUUCUUUCAUGAGCAGGAAAUGGAAUUGAUGAAAUAUGCCAAAUAGUAAAAAAAUACCUACCUCCACCUCAUAUUAACACAAACCUAACAACUACAGGACUCGUGUCUUACUACGAAAAUUGGAGACAGCGAUACCUACACGAAGCGUGAUCAAAACCUGUGAGAGCAGUACAGAAACCGAUCCCUGGCAUGCUACGUGUUCACGGCAUGUCCAGACAGACACAUGGGAUUGCUUGAGACACGUACUACUUACAACAGUUUCAUCAAUCAUUUACUAUUACUAUUUUUUUGUUUUGCAAACUAUGCGGGAAUGAAUGUUGAUUGGGACACUUUUAUGAUGUGCUGUAGACGGCUUGUCUUCAAUGACGUCGUUGCUGAUACCACAGAUUCUGAAAAAUAACUCCUUUUCAUCAUGUUUCUUGUUUAUUCUCAAACUUACAUAACAAACAGGCCAACCCUCCGAAGGUGAAUCUGGUGCCCUCAGAAGAUCAGGUGAAGAAAGAUGCGGCUAGAGAUGCCGCUAGAGGGCCGCAACUUCAACGCAAUAAAACUGGCGACAGUGUUGAGAUGCAGGGACUGAAGGCUACUGUAGAGACGCUGAAUCAAAAAUUGCGGUCUCGAGACACCCAAGUGACGAAUUUGACGCAGCAAUUGAAGGCUUCAAGGCAGCAGUUGUGGAAGGAAGUGGGGUACGGAUUUUGAUCUAAGUAGUUCUUUUACUACACCUUUAUUUAUUUCUUGGACAUUAACAGCACAAGAGCCUUUUAUGUUCAAGUUCAAACAGUUUCAUGUUUCUGGAAGACACAUGAUCUGACCUAAGGACACCUCCUGUCUCACAACAGAACCGCUGCACGUGCAGACGCGAGACUGAAGGAGGUUGCUGAGGGUUAUGGAGAUGAGGCAACGAAUCGUGCGAUAAAACAGCUGGUAGUGAUACCUAUAGAUACUGCUAAUCGUGCGAUAAAACAGCUGAUAGUGAACUUAAAAAAUUCACAUUGAUGUAGAUAAGUAUUUCUACUUUCGUCAUUUUUAGGUAGAUUUUUAGAACUCAUAGUUCAAAUCAUGUAGUACAGAACUCGUACAGUUCUUUCAACAUAGUACUUCCACAAGAUCAGUAGUUUGAUUCUCUACUGGUGGUAAACUCUUCCUCAUGCACCUCAUACAUAAUCUCAAUCUCAUACAGAACGAAAAGCUCUCGGAAGUUUCCCACAAGCUAAACGACGAACGGUUUCAGCGUCAACGAUGGGCGGGCAUUGCGAAGCAGCAACGGGCUUUUUUCAAUUAAGGCUAGAGUAAAUCUAUCUUCCUAGUAAACUAAGACAUCUUGCUUGGUCGCUUGGGAAACGGGUACCACAAUGCUCCACGAGUAGAUCAGCUUAUUGAUUUUUUUUACUGGUCGUGUUUGCCACCGUGCUCCAGCGUCAUCAAAGACGGUUUCUUUUGGUGAUUAGUAUGAUGAAACGACACUAUCUUUAUCUUUUGAUGAUCCAAGAAGAUGGAUCCGUCUACUUUUCCCUAUCACUGCUCUAAUCCAAACACCAGGAGAGUUUUGGUGGUGAAGCGCCUCACCAACUCUUCCACAAUCACGGCAACAAAUCUGGUAUUCGGCAUCCUGCAGGCGAAAUUUUCUAUCCGAUGCCGCCGAUUAUCGACGACGAUGACGGUGCAUACGGGGACCUGUGGGACGUGGCAACUUUAUGAUUUUCCCUACCUCUGUCCCCCUCCAGUGACGUUGCGCUACCCGUUGUUAGGCACAUUCCCUCUUUCAUACCUCGGUUGCGGUGCGAACCCAUACAACGUGGAUUCUUGGCCUUUAGAACCGAACGUUCUAGCACACAAACCCAGUGGCAGAGAAAAUGGUGUACCUUUUGGAGCUGGAAUUCUAGAGUUAAGGCCAAGGUAUCUCUACCCCAACGAGGCAUCUCUACCUCUAGAAACUGAAACUAGUGUAGGUACGUUCUUUUGCACUAAUCUCUCUGCUUCAAAGCAUAUUUCAAUUCUACACGUAUUUCAAUCCUGAUGAGAGAAGAAGGAAACUGCGAAAAAUCAGUUACGGUAGCUUGAAGUGAAAGGUUUUGCGCUCUAACAGAAGAGGUAGAAGAGAACGACGACGAUGAAGAAGAUGAUGGUACAGAGAGCUCAUGUUCGGUGCAAGAGCCGGAGGAGGGUGACAUUUUACAUGUCUGAAGUGAUAACAAUGAGGACAUCAGCAACAACUUCUCGCUCAUUAAAACAAUGUAAAAAAUGUAUAGAAGAAAAAGAUUGAUACGACUUAUAAAUAUGAAAGAAAUUAUCGAACUAUCUGAAACUGAAUAGCACUAGCACCGAACAACAAGCACUCAUCUACUACAGCUGUACGGUACUAAAGAAGUAGUGCGUAGUUCUAUUUUCAUUUCAUAUUUAUAGUAUACAAUUCUUUCAUCUUAAAUUUUGUUGAACUUAGAGCCCGGUCAAACAGAGGCGCUGGGUAGAGGUCGGGUAAAUUUUCAUUGAUUUUUCAGUUCUUUUAGUUGGUUCUCCCUGUUCUUUCGAAAACGUACUUGUCACAAAAACGUACUUAUCACUUGAGAAUAAACGUAUCAUUCCGAUUAGCCACUUCCCAAUCUGUUCAGUAUAAUGAUCAUCAUGUGUAUUGAGUCUAAGUAAAUGCAUCAAAAAUGAAGUCCAUCUCUGUAGUCAGAAUAUACACUGAUAAAUGAACGCACAAUUAUUGCAUUCUUUGAUAUGUCCUACUCCUUCCGAAAGCGACAGAAAGUAUUCAACACUCACUGGUUAUAAGAAUUUUGAGAACUUCUACCCGUCAUCAUACGCAUACCAUCCUCGAUCAUAGAAAUCAAAAAGGUCACUGCGUAGAUAAGAAAAUAGUAGGGCUACAAUUUUCCUUCAAAAUGAUCCCUGUCCCUGUCAUGCUGAACUUUCUUUCACUUCGAGUAACUCAUUGUGAGGGUGAAAGGGUGCCUAUGAUGGCAUCCGACGACGAGUAUCGAAAAUAGGGAAGUAACACGUCACGUUACGAACAAGGUGUUGCGACACCUAUUUCUUGUUGGGUAGUCAAAAUAGAUCAUCAGACCUAAAAAUGAUAACGUUCGCUGCACCUAUGUUUAUAAGUACCUCAAAAUGAUCACACUUAGAAUAUAAGGCAAAAUCACAUCAUUGACCCAAGUCAAAUAGUAGCUUGUCCUCGUAGAACUAGAAGCCAUCAACGUACAAAUAUAGCCAUUGACAUGCAUUUGAAGCAUCCCUCAGAACUCGUAGGUAUUCCCUGUCCUACAUAUGAAACGUACUACCUUCGCAUUCAUCUUUCCUCGUGCAUUGUAGUUAUCUACUCUUAUUAUAGAACAAUUGAAGCGGAUUUAAUGUUAUAGUCCGCAGAGUUCUUUUUCGUCUUUCAGUCAAUUUUUAACAUUUAAUGAACAGUGUAGUGUCAUUCCUAUGUAUAGACCUUUCUCUUCCAAUGAUAAGUCUAAGUCAGCUUAUGUCGGUUUGAGUUUUGACUUCAUAGUGAGCUCCUUGUCCUUGAUCUCAACCUUCUCCACUACAUUCUUUGGUCGUGUGCAAGUAGGAAAUUUACAACAGACUGUGAAUCUAAUGAAAAUGUUCUUAGACAGCAACCGUGCUUGAUUGUCAAUUGGACAAUUCUCUGGGUAAUGAAGUGUAUUGCAAAAAACUCACCUGGAGUACCUCAAUAUGAAGAUGUGACUGUCGUGG